GCUGUCCCUUCCCACCGCUGUGUCCUGGAAGCCGGAGCCCCGGUCUUCGGGCCCGCGUGGACUCGCCUCGCUCAGGGGGCCAUGCCCGCAGCCCACAGGGCAGGCUGGUGGGGGGGCGAGGGUGGUCCAAAGCGCCCGCUGCCACCCGGCCCGGUCUCCACCGGGGCGCCCGCCGGCCACGCCACUGGCCGGCUCUCCAUUGUUCGGUCACAUUGCAAGGGCCCAGGACCACGCCACAGACUCCGGCUACCCGCUUCCACCCAGGCGCCUAGGAGGCCCCCAGGACCACCACGACUCCCCCAAGACCCUCAGGCGGACGAGGCGGGCUAGGCGCCCGCGACCCCAGGACCACCGGUGCACAGCUCACGCCACCCGGAGCGCAGGACUGGGGGCGGCGCCUUCCAGCAGAAGGGUGAUCAAAACAAGCCACCAUCCCCCGCGCCGGCGCUUUCCCAGCCUGGCGAGGGCGCGUCCCGCGGUCGCCAACCCCACCGGGUGGGGGCACCAGCGCCCGCUCCCGGCGCGAGGGAGCGGGCCGCGCCCGAGGCCGGAGCGAGCGCGAGGAGGGAGGCGGCACCGCAAGCUGGCUUACCGGGCGGCGAGCGGGUGGAAAGGAAGAAGUUGGUUCUUCUGGUUGUGUUUUGUACCUCAAAUAUGCAAAAAGACUUCUGUGAAGUCUUCAGGUCUGAUGGUUGGGAGAGGAACAGAGGAGAGGAAAAUGUGGAUCUCCAGAUGCCAGAUUACCCCAUGAAAACCAAAGCCAUCUUCGGUCAUCACCACCAGCAUCUGAGAUGGGCGUGGUUUUUAAGCUUACAGCAUUUCUGCCAGGAAUUACACCGUUACUGUCUCUACCGACACAGAAUAUGGACAAUAGGAUGGCCUCCUGGGGAAAAUACAGCAGAGAUCAUUGGUUCAACAAAUCUUAUAAUUCUCCUAGAGAAUGAAAUCUUUGCUGAUUUUUUCAACACAUUUCUUUCUCUUCCGGUCUUUGGUCAGACACCAUGCUAUACUGUUGAAAACUCACAGUGGAGCUUGUGGCCAGAAAUACCUUAUAACUUGAUUUCCAAAUACAAAGGAUUGCUGACCUGGUUGGAAAAAUAUCGAUUACCUUUCUUCUGUAAAACAAAUUUGUGUUUCCAUUACAUCCUUUGUCAGGAACUCGUCAGCUUUGCUAGGUCUCCAGAAGGAGCCAAGAUGAUGAGAUGGAAAAAGGCAGACGAAUGGCUACUCGAGAAAUGCAUUGGCGGUGUCAGAGGGAUGUGGCGCUUCUGUUCCUACCUCAAGGGCAGUGCAGGUGAAGAAUUGGUGGAUUUCUGGGUCCUUGCUGAGAAGAUCCUGAGCAUAGAUGAGAUGGACCUGGAAGUAAGAAACUACUACCUGUCCCUCCUUCUCGUGCUGAAGGCCACCCAUCUGCAGGAGGGCUCCAGGGUGGUAACUCUCUGCAACAUGAACAUCAAAUCCCUUCUGAACCUCUCCAUCUGGCAUCCCAACCAGUCAACCACCAGGAGGGAGACUCUAAGCCACAUGCAGAAAGUGGCUCUGUUCAAACUCCAGAGCUAUUGGCUCCCCAACUUUUAUACCCAUGCCAAGAUGGUCAUGGCCACUGAGGAUGCAUGCCAUGCUCUGAUGCAAGAAUAUGAGACUCGCCUAUGCAGUUUUUGCUAUACCCACAAUGCAGGGCUUCCUCUGAACAUGAGUAUCCAGCAUUCCCUCCACUCUCAAAAGCAGUACUCAAGCAAGAAGGCCAAGAGGAAGAUAUGGCAACUGGCAGAUCACACCUCUUGGUCUCUGGAAUUGGACUUCAUUCCAGGUAACUGUACCUCACAGGAGGCAAGUCCUCAGGAGAAGGUGGCUUCUUCAAAAGAGAGAAUAACCAAGUCCCUGGAAAAGGAUAGUCACUGUGUCAAGAAAUCUCAAAUGAAGAAGAAGUCUAAGAGCUACCUCCAAAUGGAGGGCCUCUUUGAGGCAAAGUUCUCCACCCACCUGAGAACUUCCACCCCCAUUAUUAAUCAGUCCUCGCAGAUGAUAAUCAAGAAGGCUAUCAAGCAAAGCUUCUCCCUGGUGUAUACCCACUGGGCCUUGUGUGCUGAUGCUUGUGCAGGGAGUCCCUUCCGGGACUACCUGAAGAAGCUGAAUUUGAAAGUGGAGAUCCAACUCUUGGACCUUUGGCAGGACCUACACCAUUUCCUCAGUGUUCUGAUGAAUAACAGGAAGAAUGGGAAUGCACUCUUUCGUCACCUGCUGGGUGAUAGAAUCUGUGAGCUCUACUUGAAUGAGAAGAUUGGUCCACGUCUACCUCUCAAAUGUCAAAUCAUUCAGGGCCUGAAAGAGAUGUUGCCUUCAGGGAAUGCAAACCCUUGGAUUCCCAAAGCCCAGAAGGAAAUCUGCAAGAUGCUCAGCUCCUGGUAUAAUAAGUUCCUGGAUGAAGAGGACUACUGGUUUCUCAUUUUUACAACUCAGUCCCGGUUCAUCAAAAGCCAGUGGCAGAAAGGAGAAUCUUCAGACAAAAAUGACAACCUUCUUAUCUACAAGAGGAUUCAGGAAUCUCUGAAGUUAAGCCAGGCUUUGGCCAACAUGGAGGAAAUGGAAUCUAUCCAGUGGGAAAAGAUAGCUACUGAAGACCUGAGACAGGGUGGUUCUCUCCAGGUAGAACUGACAUCUCCAGUGUUCCUGGAAGACAUCAGCAAAAUGACCUUUGAAGAACUCUGCUUUAAGAAUCCAAAGUUGGCCAUAGAAAAGAUCAGUGAUGACUACAAAGUAUAUUGCGAGAAAGCACCUAACAUAGAUAUUGCAGUAGAAAUGAUGAAGGAACAGAAGAAAAUUGGAUCCUCCGCCAGAAAAAUAUCUUUCUUGAAAAAACUAGGUCUACGGAAGCCCUCAGGGAGACCUAGGAACUUGGCAGAAGUCCUCUUAAGUGCGCAGCACCUGCAGUUCUUCAGGGAGUUCCUUAAACAACGGAAAGCUGAAAACCCAUUGCAAUUCCUGAUUGCGGUACAGAAGAUCAGUCUGGAGACCAAUGAGAAGAUAUACAAGUCUUCUUUGGAAAAUAUACUCAAGACUUACUUCCGUAGCAAACAGCCUCCUGAAGAAAUGCUGCAGUGCAACGCCCCUCUUAUCAGAGAAGUUGUUCACAUGCACUACAUUGGCACAACCACACUGCUGAUGCUCCAGAGCUACGUCAUGAAGUCUCUGGAAGAAAAAUGGUUUAAAGAAUAUCAGGACCUGUUCCCACAGCAUCCUCCAGAAGGCGAAACAGAAGUGCAGACUUCACAAAGGAAGCCUUCAAAGACAGCAGUAGCCCUGCAGGAAUUCCAGAAAAAAGGUUGGCUGAAAAUGGUCUGCUUUAUCAAGAGCUUUUGCAGCUACCGAAGAUUUAUAACAAAUCCCAGAAAGUGCCAGGAAUUUAUUGAUUAUCUUCACCUUGAAAUGCACAACAAAGAGAAUUUCUCCACAUCACCCACUGUAUCAGGACGUCAAACUCCACAGUCCACAAAUGUCAGGGGUGGAGAUCAGGAAAAGGAAGAAAUAGCCCUUGUAAAACGUCGUAUAUAUGGCCAGAGGAUCAUUGUCAUCAAUUUUGCAGUUAAUGAUUUAUAUUUCUUUUCUGAGAUGGAGAAGUUUAAUGAUUUGGUGAGUUCAGCUCAAAUGCUGCAGGCAAACCGGAUGUACAACGAGAAUGAUGUGAUCCUAAUGCAGUCCAAAAUUAACAUUAUCUUCAGGCUCUUCUUACAUGCUGAAGUUCCUCCAAGGCUGAGGGUGAACAUCACUGAGUCCCAGAAGGAUGCCAUCCUUGCUUCCAUUGCAGAGGGCCACCUCGACCGGAGCAUGUUCCAUGGAGCUAUCAUGUCUGUCUUUCCAGUCAUUAUGUACUUCUGGAAAAGGUUUUGUUCCUGGAAGGCGUUCCACGCUUAUUUAAAAUAUGUAGGGAAGAAGUCCAAGGAUAAAAAAGUUCCUCCUAAACCGAUAAACAAGAACCCCCCGGGCAGUUCAGGUGACCACAAUGUCUUAAGGUUUACCUUGCUCAGAGGUAUGGAGUGGUUGCGGUCUCAACAGCGGGAUGUACCAGCAAGUUCACUUCCAAAUUCUUCAUCUAGCAACCUCACCCAGUCAAGAGUUGCAUUGUCUACCAUGCAGCUGUAUCCUGCCCGGGGACAAAAACUACCCCACACCAAAAAGGAAAAGAAAUAAUCAAGUCAGGGCCCCAGCAGAGACAAAUCAUUCUCUCAGAGGUCUCCAGUAACAGAACUUUUUCUGGUCAGAAAUGAAAUGCCCUGGCACCAUCUGCCCCUGGGAAGAUCAAGAAGGAGGUUGACCACUUGAUAUGGCGGCGCCAGGCUGCAGUGGGAAUCGAAUUCAGGAUCUCAAGUGCCAUGCUGUUGAGCUAUACUCUUGGCACACACUCCAGUAAUUCUUGAUGCUUUAAGAACUUUUCAUUUUUUUAAGAAACUCAGGCAAUUCAUUCAGACUAAAGAGUGAUAGAGGCAAAGGAAAGAAGAAAGAGCAAGAGACUGAGCGCUCUAUCUUCAGACACACGCAUCAGAGAGCACCAUGAAACCUCCUGUCUUUCUACAGCAGUAUGGAAAGACAUCUGUCCCUCAUCUGAGCGCCUCCAACUGAUCCCAGUGCCUUCCCAGAAGAGGGAAUGAUCAUUGUGUACAGCACUGCAAAUGCCAGUCUUCACCCCUACGCCUCAACCAGGGCUGCAGGCCGUUAGCCAGAAUAAAGGGUGCCACAUUCA